AUGACUACCUAUGGCAAGUGCGGGUAUAUAAAUCAAGCUACAUCUGAAUCUCUCAAGCUGUUCAAAUAUGGUGGAGUUCCUCAAAAACAACUAGGCAUUGAUUUGUUUCCUUAUUCUGUUCUUGUGAUAGCAGUGCCACCCUUCACAGUCGAAAUCACCAAAGGAGACGAGCGCCUAUGCUUCCAUCUUGAUUUGGUUAAAAGCGUUGAUGUUCAAGGAGAAUAUGAUUUUCGAGUUGAAGAGUUCUAUGUAGCUCCUGCAGCCAAAGAAGGCGAGAUGUCCCUGCUGAGGUUUAUGCAAGCAGCGGCAAAUAUAUCGACCCUCUCCUGUUUUUCUUGCCAUGCACAUGUAGGAGCUUGUGUUUGUCUGCUGUGUGUGAGUUAUCUGGUAGGAUCCAUGCCGCGACGUUCUUUGGUCGAUGACCCCUCAUUGUUUCUGUCAGCCUCGUUUUGGUUCAAGCGCACAGGUGCCUAUUUUUCUUCCAUUGUGUCAUCUAUGAAGGCUGUGUGUUUGUCUGCUGUGUGUGAGUUAUCAACACUUGGGUCCAUGACCCAACGUUCUUUAGUCGAAACGCUUUUUAUUGUUCCUUCAGAACUAACAAUGCAUGCCGUUUUCGAUAUACGCAUACAGGUACGUUUAGGAUUCUUCCUCAAAGUUGCUAACGUUUCAAAACGCAGGUGUGCCCAUCUCUCUUCUCAAAUGUUUCAUCUACGAUCUCAUUCAGUUGAAACGAAAGUUAUUACCCAUUUUGCCCGGAAGCGCAGUUUACUAUUGAAUCUCCGCCAUCUCAAGGUCCAUCACAACGUCUAUCUGUGGGAUAAUACAUUUCUUUCCAUAAAUCCUCUGCAUCUCUUCAAUCCUCUCCCACCAAGUUUGCUAGAUUGACAUGGCGUGAUGCCUACGCGAGGAAUUGACGGCGCUAAGUGAAGAAUAUUCAAGACUUGAUAAUAAAUUUGUCACACUUUCCUUGUAAUAAACUAUCAUCGAGCUGUUUGUGUGUCAAAAUAAACAUCG